UUUCCGUUAAUGAAGUAUGAAUGAACCAUUGUUGUUGUUUUCUAAAAUUUGUUUAAAAAUUUAAGUUUUUAAUCGGUUUGUUUAGUGUGAUUGUGACGAUAAUACGUUAGAAAAAUGCAAGAUAAUAUUUGUUAACUGAAAUAGGACAAUUAUAAGCAAUAAGAACGUCAGCCACCUGUUGCUAAUAUUUACUGAUAAGAAAUGAAGAAUUGGUAGUUAUUAUAUAUUUCGCUCCAAAAUCAUGAAUGAAGAACAUAUUGAAUGACUUCGUUUUCACAUUCUGACAGGAAAUUAACGUGUAUAUCAAUAAAUAUUUAAUUAUAGUGCAGUAUUUUGAAGAAGUGAAAUUAAGAGGUUAUGUGCUAUAACUGCACUUGUACCACUACCAAUUUUUAGUAAAAACAUGAAUGAAAUUUGGAAAAAACUGGAAAAUGAAAAUGGAUUUCCAUUUUACUAUAACGAAAAAACUAAUACCAAACAAUUGGAUCAUCCAAAGUUUGCUGAUAUUAAACAACGAUUGGACGACUGUAAUUACAUAAAUAAUGGAGUUUAUAGAGUUGCGUCAAAAUUUAGAGUCCUUCAGGGGUCUCUUUUCAUGGAUGAUGUGUCUCUGAUGACAGUAAUUGGAGUGUUUGAAAAGCAUAAAUUGGGACCUACAGAGGGUUGCUUAAACCUUGAAGUUUACGAUUUAGAAGCAAUUCUAUCUGACAUUUAUUUUGCCACCAAUAAGCAAUCUCACGUAAAUAUUGAUGUUGAUUUUGCAACUAAUUUAAUGAUUAAUUUGCUGUAUAACGUAUAUGACAGUAAUCGUGAAGGGAAUAUCCAAGUUUCAUCAACCAAGUUUCUUCUUGCUUUGCUAAGCAACUGUAAAGUUUCCGAUUUUUAUAAUUUCUUGUUCACACAAUGUUCAGAUCAUAAUUAUUGUGUCACUAGAUUAAAACUGCAAUUGUUACUUACUAAAAUAACAGAUAUUAUGUGUUAUCUUCAUGAAGAUUCCUGUUAUGGUCACUAUUUAAUAAAUCCUUCGGUGGAAAGUUGUUUCAGUAAAUGUCCAGGUUUAAUAGGAAUUGAUCAGCCUUCGUUUAUAAAUUGGCUUGAGAGUGGUCCUCAACUUUUCUCAUGGUUAAUAACGUUAUACCGUUUGAAAAUUUCCGAAGGAGUCGUUCACAAUGCAAAAUGCUCAGUGUGUAAAGCAUGCCCCAUUAUAGGUUUACGUUAUAAAUGUACAAAGUGUGUUAACUACACCCAGUGUCAACGUUGUUUUUUUCUAACAAGAACGAACAGUUCCCAUAAAACAAACCAUCCAAUGAAAGAAUAUUGUGUUGAGGGUAAAGGAAAGGAAUUUUCGCAUUCAGUUUUCAAAAAAAUGUUAGGUGUUUUGAAAUGUUCUUCCAGUGAUCAAACAAGUUUUAGGUCAGACGUAGUAGAUGUGAAAUUAUUACGCACUUCUAAUAACAUGCUGGAAAUUGGGAACAUUAGCUGUGAUAAGAUCCGUCCUUUGUCGUCUCCACAAACACAACUUCAACUAAUUAUAAAGCAGUUAGAAUUACAAAAUAGGGAAUUAAAAGAAAUAUUAGUAGUUAGUAAUCAUAAAGAUAAAGAAUUAAAAAAGUAUUUGGAGGAGCAUCGUUCUCACAUAGCGCAGCAAAUCCAGAAACUUAAGACUUUGCAGGAAUACUUACAGUCGACUCAACCGUCGUUAGUAAAUAAUUCGCCAGUUCACAACAAUGUUUGUGUAUCACAAUCGACACCCUUGGUAACAAAUGUACGUUAUCCUCCUAAAGAUCAUCAUUUGGCAUUUUUAAGUCCGAUUCCGCAAAGUUUGGAGUGUGAUACCUAUUCAAAAAGAGACUACGAAAAUUCACCAGAAAACAAUUUUGAAAUCGUAACUAAAGGAAACAGUACUACCGAGUGUAGUAAUUCAUUGGAAAAUUAUUCAGUUAAGGAUAUAAGUACUUGGUUUAAAGAUCCUCUGGUUUCCUCGAAUUCUAAUAGUCAUGUUACCGAUAAUUCUAAUGAGGCCAAUAAUGAUUUAGAUGAUGUCCUAGUUAAGUUGCAACAAAUUCUUGCAAAUAAUUUUAUUCUAGAUGAAGAUUUAGACAAAACUGAUAAUGACCAGUUACAAUAUGCAGUAACAGAAGUAGAGAGCAUGCUGUCAUCCUUAAGGAACGGAGUUGAAAGUAGCAGNUAAA